AAGCGACAAACAAAUGGUGACGUCCAAAUGUGCGAUACACUGGAUAGAAACAUGUCUAUGAAUGGCUAAUUGCGGCUCGUUUAUUGUAUUGUUUCCCAACAACACACCAGGAAAAUUAACUAUAGAUUGUGCAAACGUCAUUGGCAGAAGGGUUUUGUUUUGAAUGUAAUCUCGGCCCCUCCCUUCGUUGAACCGCCGAGUGCCAAGCUAAUGCUAAUGCUGCUGGCUAACGCGCGUUAAGAAGUUCUAUUAUUUUAUGCCGACGCCGCUCGUGUUUUUUUGCGGCGGCAUGAGUUCUAAGUACGGAGACGGAGGACGAGGCAGAAGAGGAGGCAGUAGUAGGGGGAGCAGUAGAGGCUACCGUGAUGGCAGCAGAGAAAGAGCUAACCGGGGAGGUGGAAAUAGUGGCGGCCCCGACCAGGACACCUUUUCUCGUCAUCCUUCACAUUUGAAAGGCCGAGAAAUUGGCUUGUGGUAUGCAAGACACGGAGCCGUGAGGAAGAAACAGGCUGACCGGAGAUCGCGGGCAGUGGUCCAGAUGGAUGAGACCAGAGAGCAGCACAUUAUCAAGCUGCUCGACUCCGUCCAGAAUGACCAGCCAGGUUUGGAGAGACCAAAUAGUGAUGCGAGAGGCUCUGCGUCGGGCAGCUGGCGUGUCCCUUCCAGUAAAAGUAGUCACUGCUACUUUGAUGGGGACAUGAGUGAAGAGGAAAAACAGAAGAUCAAAUUUGAAGAGGAAGACCAGAAACGUUCAAUCUCUCAGGCAGUUAAAGAUGAGAUUCCUGACGCUUGGGAUGAUAAUGAUGAUGCCGCUGCCGCCAAUGAUGACGACAAUAAUGAUCAUGCGAUGGAGCGGCAGCAAGUGAAGGUGGAUGAAGCCAAGGAGAAAGUGAAGAGGAAUGACAAAGAUCUCGAGUUCCUACUCCAUGAAACAUCCCGAAAUGUUGCGCUGGAUGAGUCGUUGAAAAGAGAUCUCGAGUGUAAGAAAUCACACCCAAAGUAUAAGGAGAUGCUGACGUUCAGAAAGAAGUUGCCAUCCUACGGGAAGAAAGAGGAGCUGGUCCAGCUGAUUAAUUCCAACCAAGUUCUGGUAGUGAGCGGCGAAACGGGCUGCGGGAAAACCACCCAGGUGACCCAGUUCAUCCUGGACGACUACAUCAGGCGCGGCAUCGGCUCCGUGUGCCGUGUGGUUUGCACGCAGCCUCGCCGCAUCAGCGCCAUCUCGGUCGCCGAGCGUGUGGCCGCUGAGAGGGCGGAACAGGUUGGCAAUGGAAAUUCGUGCGGUUACCAAAUUCGCUUGCAGUGCAAGUUACCACGGGGAAAAGGUUCAAUCCUGUACUGCACCACGGGCAUUGUUCUUCAGUGGCUUCGCUCAGACUCGAAUUUAUCAAGUAUCAGUCACUUGGUCCUGGAUGAGGUCCACGAGCGAAGCCUGCAAUCUGACGUGUUGCUCACCAUCGUCAAGGACCUACUCGACGUGCGACACGACCUCAAGGUCAUCCUGAUGAGCGCCACGCUCAACGCAGAGAAAUUCUCCAAGUACUUUGACAACUGCCCCAUGAUCCACAUUCCGGGCUUUACGUUCCCAGUGGAGGAGUUCCUCCUUGAGGACAUUGUGGAGAUGAUGAGAUAUCAGCCUAAAAACAACGACCGCCGACCCGCUUGGAAAAGAAGCUUCUGGCAGGGGCGCCACUCCAGACCCGAGAAGAAGGCGAAGGAGGACGAAUACAAAGAGAGCUGGCCUUGUUAUGCUCGCACGCUCCAGGACAAAUACUCUGAGAGCACAAUCGCCGCUCUUGAGACUCUGGACGGCGACGACAAGAUCGACUUGGACCUCAUCGUGGCGCUUAUCCGCCGUAUUGUGCUCAGCGAUGAGGAAGGAGCCAUCUUGGUCUUCCUGCCUGGCUGGGACAACAUCAGCAGCCUCAAUGAUUUGCUGAUGGCGCAGCAGAUGUUCAAAUCAGAUCGUUUUGUCAUCAUCCCGCUGCACUCGCUCAUGCCGACCGUUAAUCAGACGCUGGUGUUCCAGCGUCCUCCACCUGGGGUGCGGAAGAUUGUGAUUGCUACCAAUAUAGCCGAAACGAGCAUCACCAUUGAUGAUGUGGUUUUUGUGAUCGACGGAGGCAAGAUCAAGGAAACCAACUUCGACACCAACAACAACAUCAGCACCAUGACGGCCGAGUGGGUGAGCCUGGCCAACGCCAAGCAGAGGAAAGGUCGCGCUGGCAGAGUGUGCCCCGGCAAGUGCUAUCAUCUGUACAAUGGUCUCCGAGCCAGCCUUUUAGAUGCCUACCAAUUACCAGAAAUCAUGAGGACUCCGCUGGAGGAACUGUGCCUGCAGAUCAAGAUAUUGCAGCUCGGGGGCAUCGCUCACUUCCUGCAGAAAGCUCUGGACCCGCCCAGUGAACAGGCUGUCAAUCUAGCCAUAAAGAACCUCCAAGUCCUGAACGCUUUGGACCACUCGGAGAAUCUGACGCCGCUGGGUUUCCACUUGGCCCGCCUACCCGUGGAACCUCACAUCGGAAAGCUCAUCCUGUUCGGAGCGCUGCUAGGCUGCCUCGACCCCGUACUCACCAUCGCCGCCUGCCUCAGCUUCAAAGACCCUUUCUUCAUCCCUCUGGGCAAAGAGGCGCUGGCAGACAAGAGGAGGAAAGAGCUGUCCAGGAACUCCAAAAGCGACCACCUUACUGUGGUCUAUGCCUUCCAGGGCUGGCAAGAUGCGAAACGGUGGCGGCGCGAGCAAAACUUCUGCUGGGACAACUUCCUGUCUAUCAACACACUCCAGAUGCUGCACAACAUGAAGGGCCAGUUUGCCGAACAUCUCUGGAACGCAGGCUUCGUCAGCAGCAAGGACCCUAAAGACCCCAACUCUAACGUCAACUCGGAUAACGAGAAGCUGAUCAAGGCGGUGAUUGUAGCCGGCUUGUAUCCUAAAGUAGCCAUGAUCCGACCUAUGCAUAGCAAAAAGAGGCCCGGGGUCAAAGUGUACACACAGCACGACGGGCAGGUGAACAUUCACCCCAAGUCCGUCAACUCCGAGGAGACCAACUUCAAUUACAAGUGGCUCAUCUAUCACCUCAAAAUGAGAACCAGCAGCAUCUUCCUGUACGACUGCACCGAAGUGUCGCCCUUCUCUCUGCUUUUCUUCGGCGGCGACAUCAGCAUCCAGAAGGACGAGGACCAGGAGACCAUCGCCGUGGACCAGUGGAUCGUCUUCAGGUCGCCGGCACGCAUUGCUCAUCUUGUCAAGAGCCUAAAGCAAGCGCUUAAUUCUCUGCUGGAAGAAAAAAUCCGCAGGCCGGCCCCUGUGGACUGGAAGAACCACCAAUCCAAAGACUGCGCCGUCAUCACGGCCAUCGUCGAUCUCAUUACCACGCAGGAGUCGUCCACAUCAGCGGCGAGCGCUGGGGGCGGAGCCAGAGGCCAUGACAAGCCUUUGGCCCCUAGAGGACAACACAAAUACUUCAAUGACGACGACGAUGAUGACGACAAUUAGCUCGGAGUGAAAGAAUCGCAGGACACCUUGACAGCACCAGGUUGAUGCCACCUUCUCAAGGACCUAUGAGUUAUUCAUAAGAUGUCGGCCAUCUUAUGUCAUCCCUGUUAUUCAUGGUCACCGAGGACUAACGUGAGGACUGGCUCAGUCAAACGUCCCUUUUACGGUCCCCUGAACGUCACACGUUGGUUUCCAGGCCCUGCAGGCGGUCCAUCCUCUGCAUGUUGCGCUCGAUGGUGGCCUGACACGUGAUGGGCUCGGCGCACUCUGCCAGGAACCAGCCGCGCUCGCCGUCACGUAGACGCUCGCCUUCGUACCAGCCUGACACAAAGACGGAAAGAGAAACAUCAAGUUUAGUGGGGAGUUUGCGUGAUUAGAUUUUUGGAUUCUGGUUUUCUUACCAUCUUCAACCAGCUGUGAGACAAGCACCACGUCAGCCACCUGCAACGACAACUCAUCCGGCUGCUUGGCCGUGUAGGUUCUGGUCACCUCCACCUGCAUGGCAUCUGUAACAACACAAUUCCUAAGCACUCCUUUUGGUCGCCAUUGGUGUUCUAUUCAACGACCACACGGGGGCGAUAUUGUCUUACUUGUCCUAUCUUGAUUCUUGUCUUUCUUGACAUUGUGGCCCAGGGCGCUGAUCCACCUAGCGCGUUCGUUCCUAAAAAAAUAAACACUUUGGGUCAAUUAGCAA